AUGGCGGUCACCAUGUGUCAGGCGAUGGGGUUCGUGCUGGGGCUUUUGGGGGUGGGCGGGGUCAUCGCGGCCACGUCGAUGGACAUGUGGAGCACGGAGGAUCUGUACGAUAACCCCGUCACCUCCGUCUACAGCUACGCUGGCCUGUGGCGCUCCUGCGUCCGGCAGAGCUCCGGGUUCACCGAGUGCAGGCCGUACUUCACCAUUCUGGGACUGCCAGGUCUGUUCCAGGGCGUGCGGGCGCUGAUGAUCGUGGCCAUCGUUCUGGGCGUGAUCGGCGUGCUGGUGGCGAUCUUCGCUCUGAAGUGCCUGCGGAUGGGGAACAUGGAGCAGCGGGUGAAGGCCACCAUGACCCUGACCGCUGGAGCCAUGUUCAUCAUCGGGGGAAUCUGCGCCAUCGCCGGCGUUUCAAUGUUCGCCAAUCUGAUCGUGACCAACUUCGCCCUCACCACCUACACGGCGGGGAACGGGUUGGGGCUCGGCAGCACCGGCUUCGUCGGGUCGCCCCUCACGCCCAGGUACACGUUCGGCGCGGCGCUGUUCGUGGGCUGGAUAGGGGGCGCUGUUCUGUUCGUGGCUGGAAUCAUGCUGUGCCUGGCCUGUCGCGGGAUGAUGCCUGAUGACCGGUACGAGGGACAGGCGGCGUACAAGGCGGCGACCCACAGCAACAUCUACAGGUCCGAGGGUCACCCCAAAACCUACGACGAGGCCUACAAGCCCCAGAGUAUGGAGGGCAGGCGCUCCAACCAGAGAUUCGACUACGUUUAG